AUGCAGAACACCACUAACCAGAGCGUUGUUGCUGACGAUGCAUCACAGAGUAUCGACGAGGGCGUGUACAUCCAGGAGAAUGGUGAUCAAGUGGCAGUACCCGCACCCGCAUCACUGAAGAAGAACAAGAAGAAGGCACAUAAGCCGAUGAAUGCAGCGGAACAGGUGGCGAGUAUGGCGAUGCUGCAGGAGAAGCUUAAGCUGUUCGAGAAGGUUGGUGCUACUGCUGCUCGGCCAGUCGAUACUACUGCAGAGGUCCCGGUUGCGGUGGAGAGUCCAACGACUCCAGAGCCGGUGGUCAAGAAGCGCAAGGUUUCAGAUGUCAGAGCAUUGAGCAGCGACAUGCCAACCCCAGAAGCUAUACCUGCGGCUGUGCCACCGGCCAUCAACACCGCCUCACCGAAGAGCGUGGCCACCUCGAGACGCCGCGGCUCUUCAAUCGCUUCCAGAUCGUCGGAGCAGGAGGAUCCGUACUGCCCGAACAAAGUCAAGCAGCUUAUGGACAAGCUCAACGGUCUUGGUAUCGGAAUGGAGAAGGCAAUCUCAGAAGUCAUAUCUCGCGCCAAGAAGCUUGUCGUUGGCGAAGGCGCUGAAGCAAUCCGUGACAGACUCACUGAGUUGGAGAAGGAGUGGAAGAUGGGAAACAGGGAGCAUAUGCAGAAUCUCGUCAAGUUCUCGGAGCGCAAUGGCAUUGUUGCGAUGGGAGGCGUGCAGGUGCCGAGUGGUUCGCUGGAUGUGCCUGUACAGUCGGAAGUGGUGUCGAAUUCCAACGAGUAG